GUCUGGCCCAAUUAUCCGCGACAACUGCAUCUAUGCUCUGGAAUCUGUUCUGUUAGUGAUUCGCUGUUCGAGUGUCCGUAUAAAGUUUUUCAUCAUUAUUUGUGAUAUUAUUCCAAUUUUCUUUUGGAAUAAUAGCAAUACUUGGUACUUCUUCUACUUGGAAUUAUGACUUUGGUUCAACCAACGCCCGAGCAACAACUGCGGAUACGCACAGAGCUCAAUGAAAAUGUGUCAACGAGAGAUCAAGAUCUGCAGCACAUCAAAGAGUGGCUGAAGCGUCAACCCCAUCUUCCACAAUUCGAUGAUGACGGUCGAAUCAUGACAUUCCUCCGUGGCUGCAAGUUCUCGUUAGAGAAGACGAAGCGCAAACUGGAUAUGUAUUUCACUAUGAGGACUGCCUGUCCUGAGUUCUUCAGUGACCGCGACCCCACACGAUUCGAGUUGCAAGAAGUCAUGCGAAUUGCGCAAAUUCCACCACUGCCAGGACUGACGCCAUCAGGACGCCGUGUGGUGAUGAUGCGAGGCGUGGAUGCGGUGAACGUGGUGCCCAAUGUGGCGGAUGGCAUGAAGGUGGUCUUGAUGAUCGGUGACAUCCGCCUCAAGGAGGAGUUGGUGGGGGUGGCAGGGGACAUCUAUAUCCUUGAUGCAGCCAUCGCCACUCCAGCGCAUUUCGCCACCCACUUCUCAAAGUUUACUCCGGCGCUCAUCAAAAAGUUCCUCAUUUGCGUCCAGGAGGCUUAUCCAGUAAAGCUGAAAGAAGUGCAUGUAGUGAAUGUGUCUCCAAUGGUUGAUACAAUAAUAAACUUUGUGAAACCAUUCUUGAAAGAGAAAAUUCGAAAUAGGAUCCAUGUUCACAAUGAGCUGGAGUCUCUAUAUGAAUAUGUACCAAAGGACAUUCUUCCUGAGGAGUACGGUGGCUUCGCCGGACCCAUCAAUGACAUCAACAAGCAAUGGAUGGAGAAGCUGAUUAGCUACAAAGAAUGGUUCAAGAACCAAGAGACCGUCAAAGCUGAUGAAUCUAAGAGACCUGGAAAGCCCAAAACUCAUGAUGACCUUUUUGGAAUGGAGGGAUCUUUCAAACAGUUAUCGAUUGAUUAAACUAAUUGUUACUAUAUACAUACCAAAAACAAAUCAUCGAGUGAUUGAUUAUUAUAAAUAGUUAAGCAUUAUUAAUUCCAUUUUCAUGUGAUUAUUAUUUAGGCUAUAAUUAUUUCUUUUUCCUCAUUGAUAAUCAAAAUUAUUAUUUCGAGUUGCAGAUGUAAUGUUUUUGUUUGUUUUAAUGAUUUUACUGUAUCUCUUUUUACAAUAUCACUCCAUCAAUACUAAUGUGAUACACUAUUCUACUGAAAAUAAAUAUUGAUUCACAGUAGGUC